CCCUCCCAGCCUCUGUAGUAAACCUGAGGACCUUCCUCUGAGAGGAGAGAGGAAACAACAGAGACUCAACAUGACAACAUUACGACCGUUUACCUGCGAUGAUUUAUUUAAAUUCAACAACAUAAAUCUGGACCCUUUGACUGAAACUUAUGGGAUCCCGUUUUACCUCCAGUACCUGGCUCACUGGCCCGAGUACUUCAUCGUUGCUGAGGCUCCUGGUGGUGAACUGAUGGGUUACAUCAUGGGGAAGGCGGAGGGAUCCGUGGCUCGUGAGGAGUGGCACGGUCACGUCACCGCUCUGUCCGUCGCCCCCGAGUUCAGACGACUCGGGCUCGCCGCCAAGCUGAUGGAGAUGCUGGAGGAGAUCUCAGAGAGGAAGGGCGGCUUCUUCGUGGACCUCUUUGUUCGAGUCUCUAACCAGGUGGCGGUGAACAUGUACAAACGUCUCGGCUACAGCGUCUACAGGACGGUCAUAGAGUAUUACUCGGCGAGUAACGGGGAACCUGACGAGGACGCUUACGACAUGAGGAAAGCUCUGUCCAGAGACGCAGAGAAGAAGUCGAUCAUCCCGCUGCCUCACCCCGUCAGACCCGAGGACAUUGAAUAACAGUAGCCAGUGGCUCUCUGCGUCCUCUCGACCUCACCGUCACAUUUAAUCAUUUCAUUAUAACAUUGUACAUAAUAUAUCUGACAGCCUUCCCCCACGCCAUCCACCAGAGAGCCACUGAUCAUACAGGACGCCUUCAGCUGCUGUGAAUUCAAAGAAACGGGACAGGACGCAGGUUUGAGUUGAUGUUUGUAUGACCUGCACAGAAAAAACAUGGCCGCACAAUAAAGACUGCUCCACAGCUG